AUGGCCCUGUCAAUGAUGCGCAGCAGCAUGGCGGUGACCGCCCCCCGCAGCCGCCGCGCUGCGGUGGUGGUGCGCGCCGAGGAGGCCGCCGCCGCCCCUCCGGCCCCCAAGAAGGAGGUCGGCCCCAAGCGCGGCUCCACGGUGAAGAUCCUGCGCCCCGAGUCUUACUGGUACAACCAGACCGGCAAGGUCGUGUCCGUUGACCAGAGCGGCAUCAAGUACCCCGUGGUGGUGCGGUUCGAGACCCAGAACUACGCCGGCGUGACCACCAACAACUUCGCGCUCGACGAGGUUGAGAGCCCCAAGAAGUAA